AUGGGAAUUAGAGGGCAAUCAGCAGCAGAAAAGAGCGAAAAGAGAGUGGCACUGGCAAUAGACAAGGACAAAGGAAGUCAAUAUGCUAUCAAAUGGGUUGUUGAUCAAUUUCUUACCAGAGGGCAAGCUCUUACAUUGCUCCAUGUUACACGCACAACAAAUUCUGCUCCCAACCACACCUUGCCUGCAGCUGGGGGUAUGGUUUUGAUCUCUAACGUGACAAAUGACUCUCAUACCGAAGAGAUAUUUCUUCCAUACCGGGGUUUUUGUUCGAAAAAGAAUAUAAUAUGCAAUGAAGUCACAAUUGAGGAUACAGAUGUACCAAAAGCAUUGAUCAAAUAUGUCGCAGCAAAUUCAACUGAGAUUUUGGUACUUGGUUCACCAUCAAGAUCCGGCAUUUUCAAAAGAUUCAGAACCACAGAUGUUCCCAGCACUGUGUUGAAAGGGGCUCCAGAUUUUUGCACUGUGUAUGUAGUUGGCAAAGGAAAGCUCUUGCAUGUCCGAACAGCUACCUGUACACCACGACUAAAACCUCCCCCAAGUAAUCAAAUGCAGCAACAACCCUGCAAAGUUUCUGGAUUAAAUCACCGGCAGUCUAGAGAAUCAGAGAGGACGCGUUAUCACCACCCUAGCAAGCUAGAUGACUUUGAAAUCAAGUCACCAUUCACAAGAGGAAAAGCAGCAAUGAACAAAUCAUAUCAGCUCUCACCAGAAACUGAUAUAUCGUACGUCUGUAGUGACAAACCAAACAUGGAUAACAUGUAUCCUUCUUUAUAUGAUGGUUUGGAAUCAGGAAUUACCACUCGGUAUUCAAACACCUCAGAGUGGGACAACAGAAGCUCCACGUCAUCAUCUUACUCAGGAACAAAGUUUAUCGACAUGAGCUCAGCACACAGUGAAUCUACCUCAGCCUCAACUGAAAGCGGAAAGUUAUGUCACUCACAGAACGUCGAUGAAAAAAUGGAAGCUGAAAUGAGGAAGCUCAGGCUAGAGCUCAAGCAAACAAUGGACAUGUACAAUACCGCCUGCAAGGAGGUUGUCACCGCAAAACAGAAGGACAUGGAACUUAACCAAUGGAAAUUGGAAGAAAAAAAGAGAUUAGAAGAGGCACAACUAGCUGAGGAAGUUGCAUUGGCACUAGUACAGAGAGAAAAAGCGAAAAGUAAGGCAGCCAUUGAAGCAGCAGAAGCAGCUCAAAGGAUUGCUGAAUUGGAAUCACAAAAAAGGAGAAAUGCAGAACUCAAAGCCCUUAAAGAAGCUGAAGAGAGAAAGAAGGCAUCAGAAGGCAGGGUCUGUGAUAUUAGUUAUAGAAAAUACACACUUGAGGAAAUUGAAUCAGCGACAGCUGAUUUUUCAAAAUCUUGCAAGAUUGGAGAAGGUGGUUAUGGUCCAGUUUACAGAGGGGAACUAGAUCACACACCAGUAGCGAUAAAAGUUCUACGUCCAGAUGCAGCUCAAGGACAGUCACAGCUCCUGCAAGAGGUUAAAGUACUAAGCUUCAUGCGACAUCCGAACAUGGUUCUCCUUCUUGGAGCCUGUCCAGAGUAUGGUUGCCUGGUUUAUGAGUACAUGGCUAAUGGUAGCUUAGAAGAUCGUCUCUUCCAGCGAGGUAACACCCCAGUUAUUCCUUGGCAACUAAGGUUCAGAAUGGCUGCUGAAAUUUGCACUGGACUUUUGUUUCUUCAUCAAACAAAGCCAGAGCCCCUAGUACACCGUGACCUCAAACCCGCUAACAUUUUGUUAGACAAUAACUAUGUGAGCAAGAUUAGUGAUGUAGGUUUGGCCAGACUUGUUCCUCCAUCAGUAGUUGAUUCGGUUACUCAGUAUCACAUGACAUCAGCAGCUGGAACAUUCUGUUAUAUUGAUCCAGAGUAUCAGCAAACUGGUAUGCUGGGAAUAAAAUCAGAUGUGUACUCACUUGGGGUGUUGCUUAUACAACUAAUCACGGCCAAGUCACCAAUGGGUUUGACUUGUCAUGUUGAGAAAGCUAUUGAGGAAGGUACUUUCACUGAGAUGCUUGACCCUGCUGUUCCUGACUGGCCAGUUGGGGAAACCUUAGAGUUUGCUAAGCUAGCUUUACAGUGUGCUAAAAUGAGACGAAAAGACAGACCAGAUCUUGGGAAAGUUGUUUUACCUGAGCUUAUCAGAUUGAGAGCAUUCUCCGAAGAUAGCAUCAAUUCUGCCAUGCUUGAUGGUGGUAAAGAACAUUUAUCAAGACAAGACCUGAUUUCCAAAAGACAAGAUGUGAUCAGUGAUCCCAAUCUACCGCAUUCUGAAAAUGAUUGCUCAAGAAGCCGUUCAAGCACAUCAUCUUAUAAUGAAGGAAGAUGA